AUGGGGAAUGAGACCAGUGUGGAAACUGGGGAAACUGGGCUGACAGACACAGAGCUCAGGGCCUUUGUCAUUCCAGCACGAAUGGAUGCUGAUCUCAGCCAACUGAGCCAGGACGAGAGGAAACAGAUCGCCGCUGUAAUGUCCAGGGCCCAGGGGGCACACAGGAAAUCAGAGACAGAUGCUACCGAUCAAGUGAAGCAGCAGCCGGCUCCCCACGACUCCCAAUCUCCUGGUAAUGGAUUACUAGGGGAUAAAGCUCUCCGUCAGAGAAGCCUGUCCACCAGCUCUCUUCAGGAAACUAGAGGAUGGACUGAUCUGUGGGGAGAGGAGACCGAAGCAAAUAUGAUGCCUAGUUUCCUUUCAGAGGGAAACCCUCUGAGUGCGAUGUCCUCGGUCGUCAAUAAAUUCAACCUCUUCGAUUCCAAAUCCGAGAGCGACGAGGUGGCCAGAAAACCGAAAGCGGCUCCGAAAGGGCCCACUAAAUCCACCUCCCAACAGUUUGUGAAAACAGCCCCGAAGCCCGGCGAGAAAGAAGCCGUGAAACAGCAGCAGAAAGAGCCGCCAGCCCCCGCUGCCUCCCCCCAGCCGGGUACCCCUGGGCCGGCGCAGUAUUCAGUACCGCGGAUAGCUCCCGUUCCAAAGAAAACCCUCUGUCCAAUCUGUACAACCACUGAACUGCACCUCGGCAGCACCGACAAAACCAAUUCGAACCAGUGCACCCAGUGCCAGAUUGUGGUCUGCAGUCAGUGUGGCUUCAAUCCCAACCCGCACAUAACUGAGGUCAGAGAAUGGCUUUGUUUAAAUUGUCAGAUGCAAAGAGCCCUUGGCAUGGACAUGACCUCAGUCCCUGGUUCAAAACCACAACCUCUGCAGCCCAAGCAGCCGGGAGCAACUUCCCCUGCCCCACAGGUAGCCAAACAGGCUCCGGCUCAGCAGCCAGCUCAGAGACCUGAACAAGCCAAGCCUUUAUCACAGGCUGGAUCCAGGAAGCAGCCAGUGCUUACCAAGCAGCAAUCGAUGGCUGCUUCUCCUCCGCUGAAGGCCAAACAACCAUCACAUGGGCCUCAGGACCAACAACCUCGACAGCAAACAGCCAAGAGACCAGAACCAGUUAAACCAUCUCAGCAACUGGCAGAUCAAAAGGACCAGAAACACCUAAACAAGCCCCCACAACAAGUCAUUUCCACGACUGAAGUACUAGAGAGUCAGCAACCUACUCUGGGUCCCCAGGUUCAACCAGCUGCUCAGCAAAAAGGCUCUGGCCAAACUAAAAGACCAGAGCAAACAAAGCCAGCUGCACAGCCCCAGCAGCUCAUUAAGAAAGAGGGGGUGUAUGAUCCUCAAACACAGCCCCAGCAAUUGCAAAAAAAGGGAGAUUCUGUUCCAGGGGCAGAGCCUGACACUGGGAUAAAGAGUCAAAGGCAAGAUGUGGCUCAGCAAAAACAGCCAGCGCAGGUACAGAAACCAGUAUUAGUGGAGAAAGCACCACAAGGGCAGCAGACUAUUAGUGGCACUGCUUCUGAGUUGAUCAAGCAGCCUGCUUCGAAAGUGGAACCCAAGACUGCCCACCCUAAGGAAGAACAAGCGAAACCCGCUCAGAAACCAGCAGCUGCUAAAGUUGCCCCAUCACAAAUUCCACCAGAGACUCAAAAGACUCCAAAACCCCCAGAACAGUCGAGGCGUUUCAGCCUAAACUUGGGGGGUGCUGCACAACCACAACAGUUUCAGCCGUCAACUCCCCAAGAGACUGUCACUGGAAAACUCUUUGGGUUUGGGGCAUCACUGUUCAGCCAAGCCUCAACUUUGAUAUCUGCAGCACCCCAGCAACAAGAUCCACAUGGACAUACUGCAAAGCAACCUUCUGCUGUACCUCCAGCUGCAGCUCAGACAACCUCCAAGGAGAGCACCGUAUUUCAGCAAUCUCCUAAACGUGACAUUGGCAAAAAAGAAGCUAAACCUCCAGCAGCAGGUCCUUUUGAACAGAAGACUGCUGUGACAGCAAAAGCUAUGACAGAUACUGGACCCAAAAAUAAAGCUGUAGCUGUGAAAGAAAGCAAGCCUGGAGCAGAAAUGGUUAAGCAGGCAUCCAAACCCUCGGAAACUGAAAUUGCUGCUCCAUCAAAGACCAUUUGCCCUCUUUGUAAAACUGGUCUGAAUAUUGGUUCUGAGGCUGCUCCGAACUUCAACACAUGUACAGAAUGCAAGGCUGUUGUAUGUAAUCUCUGUGGAUUUAAUCCAAUGCCACAUUUAACAGAGAAUGAAUGGCUCUGCUUGACCUGUCAAACAAAAAGAGCUCUGAGUGGACAACUGGGAGACCUCAGAAAAAUGCCACUUUCCCUUCCAACCCCAUCAAAACCGAAACAAACUCCUCCUGCUCAGCCUGGGCCCAAACAACCAUCUCAGAAAGGCCCAUCUUUUGCUGGUCCUUCAGCAGAACAACCAACUAUCCCUAAGCCACAAGAAACACAGCAACAAAAGGCAAGUCCCCUGACAACAGCUUCAAAAGAAGCAGUAAAGAAAGAAACGGGAGCUCAGCUUCCUGCCAGAGCAAUAGAAACCCCAGCUGUGCCCAAACAGGAGAAACCUGUGGAUCAGGAAUUAAGCAUCACAAAAGAAGUCAUAACACAAAAGCCCCCAGCAGUUGAGGACAAGGAGCUUCUUUCCGCAUCAGUGGAAAAAAAAGAUGCUGAUAAACAAGCAGAAGCAACUAGUGCAGCAAAAGAUAUGGAGCCAAUAGUCAAGAAAGACCCAACCAAAGUAAAGACAGUGAAACCUGAAGAAGCUCCAUCUGAUACUGACCUUCCAAAACUGCCCUCUGAAGCGAUGAAGGUACAGAAUGAACAGUUAAAAGCAUCUGAUCUACUGGAGAUUGCAAAAGAAAAAGCUAUAAUGGAGAUGGGACUUCCACCAUCACUGAGGAGGAAAUCCCAACAAUCUGGCUAUCAACUCUUUAACCCCAGCAGCGCCAUGUUCAAGAGUUGGCCACUGCUGAGACUACAGGCAGUGCCCAAAGAAGAGGAGCUAAUGGAAGCUAGACUUCCAGAAAAGGAGGAAGAAAAGUUAGAAUCAUCAGUGCUUCAGCAGCAGAGAAGUCCCCAGGGUUUGAGUGAUACGGGUUAUUCAUCGGACGGUAUAUCAAGUUCACUGGGUGAAAUUCCAGCCAUUCUUCAAAGUGAAGAUAAAGAUUUACUCAAGGAACCAGCUAGAAAAAGUUCAAUUUCUCAGGAAAGUAGUCCUUCUAGCCCAUCAGAUCUUGCCAAGCUGGAAAGUACAGUUCUUUCAAUCUUAGAAGCUCAGGCAAAUACACUAAGUAAUGAGAAGUCAGACCAAUACAAAGAUCCUUAUGGACUUUACACUGACCAUGAAAGGGAACGGCACAGACCAAGAACCUUGCCAAUUACACCAGAAUCUUAUAGCUCAGAUGAAGAAGACCUUGAAGACAUUCAGGAAGAAGAUGAGGAAGCUCUGGAAGAUCAUGGUCAUGAAGAUACAUUAGCUCGAAAAGACUACAGUGAAAGCCAUGGUUCUCAGGAUGAAGCAGCAGUGAGGAGGCAACGAUAUGAUUCUUUAGAAGACAGUAGUGAAAGUGAGCACUCACCCCGUCCUCAUAGACAGAGGAAGAUCAGUGUUGGAUCAUCAAGCAGUGACAGCCAAGGAUCUGGUGAUGAAGAAGAUUUUAUUCGAAAACAAAUUAUUGAGAUGAGUGCAGAAGAAGAUGCAUCAGGAUCUGAUGAGGAUGAAUAUAUUAGGAGUCAGCUGAAAGAGAUAAGUGGAAAAGGGCGCCCAGAGAGCAAAGGGCCAACUGUUAAGCACAAACGUCUUUCAAAAAAAAGUAGCACAAGCCAUGAUGACGAUUCAGGGAGGCGCCAUUCAUGGCAUGACGAUGAUGAUGAAGAAGAAAUGUAUGAUGAAAGUCCUGAGUCUAAGUACAGAGAGACUAAAAGUCAAGACAAUGAAGAGUUGUCCGUCUCAGCUGGUGGAGGCCUUAGACGUUUUAAAACAAUAGAUUUGAACAGUUCUAUUACAAAUAAAUAUGCAGAAGGUUCUGAGAACAAAAAGGAUGGCUUGUACUAUGAAGAAGAACCAGAGCUAGAGAUGGAGAGCUUAACUGAUUCACCAGAAGAUAGAUCAAGAGGUGAAGGCUCAUCUAGUCUGCAUGCAACAUCCAGUUUUACACCUGGUACUUCACCUACAUCAGUUUCAUCAUUGGAUGAAGACAGUGACAGUAGUCCGAGUCACAAGAAGAUGCUUGGGGAGAGUAAACAGCAAAGAAAGGCUAGACACAGAUCACCUGGUCCUCUGUUGCCUACUAUUGAAGAUUCUUCUGAAGAAGAAGAAUUGCGGGAAGAAGAAGAACUUUUGCGAGAACAAGAAAAACAGCGAGAGUUAGAACAGCAACAAAGAAAGAGUUCAACAAAGAAAUCAAAGAAAGAUAAAGAUGAACUCAGAGCUCAGAGAAGACGUGAGCGUCCGAAAACCCCUCCAAGUAAUCUCUCACCAAUUGAAGAUGCUUCACCUACAGAAGAGCUGCGACAAGCAGCAGAAAUGGAGGAGUUACAUCGCUCUUCAUGUUCUGAAUAUUCACCAAGCAUUGAAUCUGAACCUGAAGGAUUUGAAAUACAUCCAGAAAAAAUUAUAGAAGUACAGAAAGUUUACAAAUUGCCAACAUCUGUGUCGCUGUAUUCUCCUACAGAUGAGAAUGCUGGUAGUAUUAUGCAAGAAGUUGAUGCUAUUAACCAGAAGUCUUUGAAAAGUGCAGAUGAAGCAUAUGAAGAGAUGAUGCAGAAAGCAAAAUUACUUCAGAAUCAAAAAGAACCUGAUGAUGUAUUUGAAAAGGAGCCUUUAUAUGGGGGCAUGUUAAUUGAAGACUAUAUCUAUGAGUCUCUAGUGGAAGAUACUUACAAUGGAACAACAGAUAACCGUUUUCUUAAUACAGGACAGGAGACCAGCACUGCUUUGUCACAAGAAUCUGAAAAGAAAUUAAGAAGUCCAGAUGAAAUUUAUGAAGAAAUAAUGAAGAAAACCACUAGUCUCAGUGAUCCUGGACAUUAUUAUUACAACCAACCUUUAGAUGUAAACUUCCAUCAACAGGAUUUGCCUUCUACUGUGACUGGUGUGAAAGAAACAUUUGUUACAUUUCCAUUGGAUGUCACAGAAUCUUCCCCAAAGAUAGAAAAACAGUUGUUAGAUGCUGAUGCUGCUUAUGAGGAGCUCAUGAAGCGACAGAAUGCACUGCUGACUCCUGGAAGCAGUCCAACUCAGCCGAGUACUCCUGAAUCACUUGUAUCUGCUGAAUCAGAGGCUACUGGCAGCUCCUCACGGAUAUUUACACCUGCUUCCACUAGGGCAAAUGGCAAACAUUUAACCUCAAUACCACUUUCUGGUACAGAACCAGUGCAAAUUGCAGCAACAGGUAGUAUGGUGCAUGCUAUCCCUAAUGUCACAAUUACCCAGCACUUUUCUGUGGAAGAUGACAUUGAAUAUGGAGAGCAAUAUUAUGUAGAUAACAGAGAGCAAUCAUAUGAAAUCACCAAAACAGUCAAAGAAAGCAAACCAGGGACUACAACCAGCAGUAUGGCAUCAACAUCAGUGAUACCUACAGCUUUUGCAACUCCUAUUAGCACAAUUACCUCUACUGUUAGCGUAACUAGCAGCUCUCCAGUUUGCUCCACUGGACCAGUUGAUGUAUCAAGGACAAAAGAUUUUGUUGUCCUUAGUAUAAACACAAGUGAAGAAAAUUACACUUCAACACAAACAGCCAUAAGUACUGUCGAGACUACAACAAGCCCAUUAACUUCUGCAACAGGAAGAAUUUCUCAAGUAUAUCCCAUUUCAACCAUUGGUCCUUCAGCACCAACAGCCAUGUCAGACCACGUACUUAUUUCUGUGCCUCCUGGUCGAGAUAAUUCUGAAAUUCUCACCUCCGCUACAGUGACUUCAGUUCCAGAAACUAGACAGCUUUUGGAUAAACAAUCAGCUGUAGAUAGUAUUUCUGAUAAAGCUGCAGUGUCUAUGGCACCAAUUUCAAAGGGGAUUGCGUUCUAUGGAUCUCCAGGGAAAACACAACCAAUACAAGUGGUUACAGGAAAAGAGAAAAUUGCAACCACAUCAUCAUUACAUUCGCCACUCCCUCCACCACCACCACCUCCUCCUCCUUUACCUCCUUCAGCCUUUCCAAAGCCAGUUAUCAUCCCAAAGAAGAAACCUGCAGCUGAUAUCCCAACCUGUAGAAUAGGGAUCCCUACACACACUAGUGUUGUAACUAGUUUAUCUAAUACUUUAGAUCAGAACAGUUUAACAGCAAAUGGAAAAAUAUUUCAUCCAAUGCCACCCCCUGUCCCUCCUAAACCAACCUCAAUUCCAUCAGGAUUACCUUUCACCACAAGACCAACAGAGGGAAUACGCCCUGCAAUCCCGCCUAAGCCUUCAUUUGCUCAUCUUCCUAUAACCGUGCAUAGACCAAGCGAAUUACAACAUAGAGCUUCAACCUCAACUACAACUUUGUCUUUGAACUUGACUUCACCAGAUUUCAAACUAAUCUCUCCCACAUCUCCUAUCUCCCCACAUUCAAAUAAAUCUUCUCCAAAGCUAACUAUGCAUUCCCAAGCUACAUAUGUAGUAAUCACUUUGCCAUCUGAACCAAGUACUCCAACUGAAUCUGUAACCUGCCAAGCACCUUCCACCCAACCAUCUGUAUCCCCUUCAAAGCAGCAUGGUCUAUCAUGUCUACCAUCAGCCAUAUCCUUGGCUCAUUUUACCAAAUCUUUGGAAGCUCAGAAAAUAGUUGAAAAGGGAAAAACAGAGACUGUUUAUUUUUAUCAGAGUUUGGCACAGGGUGUCGUGUCAACAGUCGAACAUGGGAUAUCAACCGACGUCUCGCAGGCCCCAGUUUCAGUGAUGUAUGACAAAGUACCAAGUACAGGCACAAUUAGUGUCGCUAUAACCAUACCUCCUGAAAGAAAAUAUCCUGAACAGCCACAAUUUCAAGAAAAUGGGAGAACACUAGAACACAGAGCACAGUUUACAAGUGAUGUGAUUGACCUUCGUACUUUGUCAAAUUUGGAUGCUGAUAUGACAGAUGACGGCAUGGAUUUGUCUACUUUCUCUAUAGAUGGGAGAAGACAUGCUUUAGUGUUUGAUUCUGGUGGCAUACGUCAUAUCAGUGCAGUUCAGCCUGCCAUUGUGAAUCUAAGUGCAACCAGGCCAGGAGAACAAAUUCCAGUUUCAACACUGGCACUGAACACUGGUAGUAUGACUGUAGUCACCUGUACAACAACUACAACAUUCACUGCAACCACUGACACUUGUGAAAGAUAUAUGGAUCUUGGACAUGUCGAGUCUAUACCACUUCAACUAACAACCAAGAUUGAUGAAGCAACAUGCAGUGUUGCUCACUGUCAGUCACCUGCCACAGGCACAGUAGAAGUACCAAUCAACCUGUCUUGUACUGCUACUCCCAUUUCAGGUUGGCCUAUUAUAGAAGCAGUAACCAAAGCCCCUAUUAGUACAACAAAUGGAUGGAUAGAUGUAGAAUCAGAGGUUAAAGCGGUUGAUUUAAGCACAACAAAGCCCCAUCGGACGAUGGUGACAACGGAUGAAUUAAAAUCUGGAAUUGUUACUACAAUUGUAGAGGAGGAAGACAAGCCUGUAGAUCUUACUUCUGGAAGGCGGAAUGUUUGCUGUGAUAUGGUUUACAAGUUUCCAUUUGGUCGCAGUUGUUCAUCUUUGACACAGCGACCUGUUUCCACCCUACCUGAAGAUCGUUAUGGCUAUAGAGAUGACCACUAUCAAUAUGGCCGUGGUGGCUCCCAAGGUUAUCGAGGAUUUGGAAGCAUGAAGCCUUCCAUGUCUGAUACCAACUUGGCUGAAGCUGGUCUGUUUCUAUAUAAAAGCAAGCAUAGCUUUGACUAUUGUAGUAAUGGUACUGAUGCAGCAGUAGACCUUACAGCAGGAAAACUGACGACAGGUGAAUUAAUGGACUAUUCUGCAGUUUGUACUCAGCCUCAAGAUCACCUCAGCAAGGGAACACUGAGCUAUCCAGAGACGCGUCAAGUGGUCGCAGACACUGGCACGCCACAGUAUUCUCAAGCAAGAAUAACACCAACGAUAGGAAGCCACUAUGGCAUGCCAAGUGUUUUACGUUCUUCUGGUGGUGUUGUUUAUUCUUCUGUGGCAACUCCAAUCCCAUCCACUUUUGCGAUUACAACCCAGCCAGGUUCAAUAUUCAGCACUUCUCUUAGUCUCCAUGGCAGUGAUACAAUGCCUUCACUAUCAGCUCUGCAGCAUAUUCAGCCAAUGCCCAAGUCUUCUAGUUACUUGACAACGGCUGCUAACCUAACAACAAUUUCAGCAACGUAUCCAGAUGCAUCAUCAGAGGUCAGUUUUAUCCAGACUGAAACUGAUUACAUGCAAAAACAUACCAUUGACCCUUCCAUGGUUGCCAAGCUGUCACCCAUUACUUCACCUGUAUCUGAAGAAAACAAACAUUUAUUGAUGGAAAGGGAAAUGCUGGAGUUUGAGAAGAUGAAACAGAUACGUUUAGCUGAAGAGCUGGAGCGUGAACGACAUGAGAUCCAGAUAUUUCGAGAACAAGAAAAACUCAUCGUUCAGCGAGAGCUUCAGGAACUCCAAACAAUGAAGCAACAACUCCUAUAUCAGCAGGAGGAAGAGCGACAAGCUCAGUUUAUGAUACAACAAGAAACAAUAGCCCAGCAACAGAUGCAGCUUGAACAAAUACAGCAGCUGCAGCAGCAACUGCAACAACAACUUGAGGAGCAAAAGAUUCGACAGAUAUAUCAGUACACAUAUGAUCCCUCUGGUUCAAUCACUCCUCAGACAACAACAGAUCAAGCAAUGAUAGAAUCCCAGUACACAACAGCAGAAAAUGGUCAGUUCUGGCAUGCUCAGGAUGCUAGUACAACAGCUUCAGCCAUGAUGGGACAUGAUGUACCACAGACACAGCCAUGGUAUACUCCUCAGUCAGAUGGUAUUCCACAGCAUGUUCCACAACCCUGCAUGCUGAGCUCAGUGUCAGAAAUGUCUUUGAAAGACAUUGAUGUGCGAGAGGCAAGAGCAUUGAGAAAGAGGAGCUCCAUGCCAAAGUUGCGUGGUCAGUAUGGUGACACCCUUGAUGGAAAUAUGCAAGAGCAAAGAUCAUACAAAAAGAUAGUUGACAGUGGAGUCCAGACUGAUGAUGAGGAGGGAACAGAAAGAUGCUACACCAGUAGAAGGAGAAGAACUAAGAAAAGUGUGGAUAGCAGUGUUCAGACUGAUGAUGAAGAUAAUCAGGAGGACUGGGAUAUUCCCACCAGAAGGCGAAAAUCUCGUGUGGGGAAGUAUGCUGAUGGUGGUACAGAGGUAGAUAAAACAAAGCGCCCGCAUUUUGCAAAACUCUCAAAUAUCGCUAUGCAGACUGUAGCUGAGAUUUCUGUUCAAACCGAACCUGAGGGUAAUAUAAGGACACCUUCAAUAAGGGCUCAAAUUGAAUCAAAGAUCGAAAUUGUAAAGCAUAUUUCAGCUCCAGAGAAAACAUACAAAGGUGAAAGCUUAGGUUGCCAGACAGAAACAGACUCAGAUGGACAAAGUCCCCAGUACCUGAGUCAUAAGAUCAUUACAGCCAUAUCCCCACAAAAAACUGACAAAAAGCGUCCAACACCAUUAGAAAUAGGCUAUUCAAAUCAUCUUCGAGCAGAUUCUUCCUUCAAAGUUGUUCCCUCCCCACCCAAAUCUCCGAAGGUAUUGUACUCACCAAUCUCACCAAUGUCCCCAAACAAAGAAUUGGAGGCAACCUUUGUGCCCUAUGAGAAAUCUCCUUCUGUUGACAAAAGCUCGCAGAAACUAAUGGCUCCUGAACCACCAAAAAAUCAGCCUCUAAGUCCUCGGACCAUCAAGGUGAUGCAGCGAUCCAUGUCUGAUCCAAAACCACUGAGUCCUACAGCAGAAGAAAGCUCUAGGUUACAUUUCCAGUAUAGUGACAGCUACUCGGCCAAAGGUUCUCAAAACACUACACCAGUCGGUACUCAGAAAAAAGUGAAGAGAACUCUUCCUAAUCCUCCUCCGGAGGAGGUUGGUGUCACUGGGAGCCAAGCGACAUUUUCCACUGUCAGCUCUGUUUCCCGCAGGAGAGUUUGCAGGACCAACACCAUGGCCAGAGCUAAAAUCCUGCAGGACAUUGACAGGGAAUUGGAACUUGUGGAGAGAGAGUCUUCCAAACUCAGGAAAAAACAGGCAGAACUAGAUGAAGAAGAAAAAGAAAUUGAUGCCAAAUUACGAUAUUUGGAAAUGGGAAUCAAUCGAAGAAAAGAAGCUUUGUUGAAGGAGAGGGAAAAAAGGGAGCGUGCCUAUUUGCAGGGUGUGGCUGAGGAAAGAGAUUAUAUGUCAGACAGUGAAGUAAGCAACAUAAGAGAGACCAGAAUGGAUGGACAGUGUGGAUUGGAGAGACCUAGGACUGCACCACAGCCAGAUUAUGAUCAAUUUCUGUCACCUCAGACCCAGUCACAGUCUCAGUUCGCAACCACUCCAAGCCAUUAUACACAGUACCAGUACUCUACUCCUCAACCAGCCCAAACCCAAACUCCAUUUCAACAGCAGUCUCCUUACCAAGAACAGGCUUUGUAUCAUCAACAAGUUUCUCCUUAUCAAACCCAACCUACAUAUCAGGCUGUCCCCACUAUCACUUAUCAACAGCAGCCCUCCCCCUCACAAACCCAGCCAACAGCCUAUCCACAUCCAUCACAAAUGAUGCUGAUUCAACAAAAACCAAGGCAGGCAACAAUUGUUGACCUUGAGCCCAAAAUAACUACGAACUAUGAGGUGAUCCAUAAUCAAUCUCUUCUCAUGGCUUCCACUUCUGCAGACAGUACAUAUGCAGUACCUCACUUGAGUAGCAAGUACAGUAAUUUAGAUCUUAGAAUAGGGCUGGAUGAAAGGGGCACCAUGGCAAGCAGUCCAAUGUCAAGCAUUUCUGCAGAAUCUUAUUAUGCUGAUCUAGAGCAUCAUGCUCCUCGGAAUUAUGUUCUGAUUGAUGACAUUGGUGAACUCACUAAAGGAUCUAGUUCCCUUACUACCGGAUUCAAUCUUCAUGAUUUACAAAAGGAAGUACAAAAGAACGAGCGUCUGCUUCGUGCAAGUGAAGCACGAAGAACUGGGGACGUGAAAGAUUUUAUUGGGCCAUUGCAGAGCUCAGCACGGUUACACCCCUAUGGAAAAGCAGAUGAAGAUACCAUGGAGGAUCCUUAUGAAUUAAAGCUGUUAAAGCAACAAAUCAAACAAGAGUUCCGCAGAGGCACUGAAGGUUUGGAACAUCUUCCUGGCCUUCCCCAAUACUACCAUGGUGAAAGCAGCUACAGGCACUUUCCAAAGUCUGAAAAGUUCAGCAUAGGCAGGCUUACUCUUGAAAAGCAGGCUGCAAAGCAAUUGCCGCCAUCUAUUAUUUACCAAAAGCAAAGCAAACACAAAAAACAGUUGCUGGACCCCAAAUUCUCCAAGUUUAUGCCAAUUCAAGAAGCCAGAGAUGUAGAGGCUGACUUUACUAGCUAUAUGGGAACUACAUCAGCAGUUACUGGUGCUACCUCUCGAGCAAGGCUUAUUCAGGAUGACAUAACGUUUAGCCUAAGAAAGAAUAUCCGUGACCAGCAGAAGUUUCUUGGGCCAACUAUCAGAUCUACAUUAGAUGAUGAAAUUGACAAAGCAUACACCAGUGGAACCAGAUGCAGGCCCUCAUCAGUUUAUGGACUUGAUUUAACAAUCAAAAGAGACCCUUCCAAUGCAUCUCUGCGGAUAAAAGGUCAGGAAAAUGAUCCAUUAGAUAUUGCCUAUGCACAUAGUACUCCUUCUGUACGAACAAAGCCAUCCAGUUUACCUAUUAGUCACAGUAGAGGGAGAAUUCCCAUAGUAGCCCAGAAUUCAGAGGAAGAAAGCCCCUUAAGUCCUGUUGGACAGCCAAUGGGAAUGGCUCGAGCAGCAGCAGGCCCAUUACCACCAAUAUCUGCUGAUACAAGGGAACAGUUUGGUUCAAGCCACUCACUGCCUGAAGUACAACAACACAUGAGAGAGGAGUCACGGACACGUGGAUAUGACCGUGACAUAGCAUUUAUUAUGGAUGACUUCCAACAUGCCAUGUCAGACAGUGAAGCAUAUCAUCUGCGUCGUGAAGAAACAGAUUGGUUUGACAAGCCACGUGAGUCUCGCCUUGAUGAUGCACCUGCCAUUAAUCGCAAACUUCCAGAGAAGUUAACCCACUCAAGGCAAUCAGAACAACAUAAAGAGUAUUUGAUAAAAGUUGGUGUGAAGCCUAUUCAGUACAACUUUCCACAUGCUCGGGUCAAACUUCAAAGGGAUCUAAAGGACCAGACAGUAUCAGGAAAUGGCCUAGGAAUCAGGAUUAUUGGUGGGAAAGAGAUUCCAGGACGAAAUGGAGAGAUUGGUGCUUACCUGGCCAAGAUCUUUCCUGGGGGAUCUGCAGAGCAAACAGGCAGUCUCACAGAAGGAAUGCAAGUUCUUGAAUGGAAUGGAAUUCCUUUGACUGGUAAAACCUACGAGGACGUUCAAUGCAUCAUUGGUGUGCCAAUUGGGGAAGCUGAAAUAUGUGUAAGACUGGACCUCAACAUGCUAUCAGAUUCGGAGGACCUCCAGCAUUUGGAUCUACACACCCAAGCAAAGGCUGGAGAAAAGCAAAGGUCGCCAGGAGUUGACCCAAAACAGCUGGCUGAGGAACUGCAGAAAGUAUCCCAACAGGCACCUUCUGUGGUGACCUCAGCCACAGAGAAAGGAGUCCACAGCCAUUCAGGAACCACAUCAGCCACCUCUAGUGCUGCCCCCAGCCCUGGGCAACCUGGUUCACCUGCAGUUAGUAAAAAGCGACACAGCAGCAAGCCCCUUGAAACAGCAAGCAAAUCACAUCCAAUUACUGGUGAAAUUCAGUUACAAAUGAACUAUGACAAGCACGUUGGAAAUCUCAUUGUUCAUGUCCUACAAGCCCGGAACCUUGCUUCAAGAGACAACAAUGGUUAUUCAGAUCCAUUUGUUAAGGUCUAUCUUCUUCCAGGCAGAGG